AUGUAUCUCCAACAGCGCAAUGACUCCAUAAAAAGUCAACAUUCUCCCAAGUUCAUUCCACCAUCCACACCACCUUCCAUUCCUCAACAUCAACCUUUCCAAACUCCAGUACCUAAUUGGCCAGCUCCUGUUGGGCAAAGACCUUACAGACCCCCACCUCAGCCGUUCAAGUUUCCUCAACCCCGGACGGCCGUGACGUCACGAGAUCGAGGUGUCGAGGCCGAUGCGGCGGAUGCGGAGGGCGCGUUCGUGAUCUCGGCGCUCCGGGGAGCGCGGCGAGCACGCGCAGCCGAGAGGGCCAGUCUGGCCUCCAGUGACUCGGGGGACGAGGGCGCGGGCCAGCGGCCGCCGCGCAAGCGCACCCGCAGGCUGUCGCCGGAGCCCGAGGUCAUGCACCAGCCUUGUGCCAAUGGUGCGGUGGGCGCACCUCACCACCUCAAUGGUGACGCGUCCACGCAGAACGGUGACCUGCAACUGCCUGGCCUACGGAUGAGCCAGACUGACCAGGAAAUCGUGCGCCUCAUUGGCCAGCAUCUGCUCUCCAUUGGAUUAGAGCGCAGCGCAACGCUUCUGAUGGAGGAGUCGGGUCUGCACCUGGAGCAUCCAGCUGCGGCGACGUUCCGUCAGCACGUGCUGGCCGGUGACUGGGUGAAGGCCGAUUACGACUUGCGCGCGCUGCACGACUUGCUGCGGGACUCGCCCCACGUAGAACCCCACAAUCUGUCCGAGAUGAAGUUCGUGGUGCUGGAGCAGAAGUACCUGGAGCACCUGGAGGCGGGCCGCGCGUUGGACGCGCUACACGUGCUGCGCAACGAGCUGACGCCGCUGCAGCACGACACGGCGCGCGUGCACCGCCUUUCCGCGCUCAUGAUGUGCGCCGACGCGGCAGAGCUCCGCGCGCGAGCACGCUGGCCGGGGGCUGGACCGCUGUCGCGUGCUGCGGUGCUGGCGCGAGUGCAGCCACUGUCUGACAGACAUGAUGUUGUGCUGCAGGCGGUGCUCCCGCCGGCGCUGAUGAUGGCACCGGGGCGGUUGCGCGCGCUGCUGGCGCAGGCGGUGGCGCAGCAAGCGGCACGCUGCCGUUUCCACGCGGCGCCGCGCCCCGUGCCGCCCGACCACAUCCCCUACUCGCUGUUGGCCGACCACCACUGCUCGCCCGACCGCUUCCCCAUACACCCGCUGCAGGUACUGAACGAACACUGCGACGAGGUGUGGUACUGUAAGUGGUCACCGGACGGGUCCAAGCUGGCCUCGGGCUCCAAAGACAACACCGUCAUGAUAUGGGACUACGACCCUGCUGCCAAGCGACUCACCUUCAGGAAGUCUUUCGACGGGCACUCGUUUGGUGUUUCAUACCUCGCGUGGAGUCCGGAUGGACGCUACCUGUUGUCGGCUGGCCACGAAGACUGCCCAGACAUCUGGAUUUGGAAUAUGGAGACGGAGCAGCUGCACGUGAAGAUGUCGCACUCGAGCGAGGACUCGCUGACGGCGGCGGCGUGGCAGCGCGGCUCCGACAAGUUCGUAUGCGGCGGCGCGCGCGGCCAGUUCUACCAGUGCGGCGCGGACGGCGCGCUGCUCAACUCCUGGGACGGCGUGCGCGUCAACGCGCUGGCCUGCCGCGCUGACGGCCGCGUGCUGGCCGCCGACACGCACCACCGCGUGCGCAGCUACGACUUCUCCGACCUCACCGACCGCAACGUGAUCCAGGAGGAACACGCGGUGAUGGCGAUGACGCUAAACGCAGCCGAUACGCUGCUACUGCUCAACGUAGCCAACCAAGGCGUGCACCUCUGGGACAUACGUGCUCGGGCGUUGGUGCGUCGGUUUCGAGGCUUGAGCCAGGGCCACUUCACCAUACACGCGUGCUUCGGCGGCGCACAGCAAGACUUCAUAGCGUCCGGCAGCGAGGAUAAUAAGGUGUACAUCUGGCACAUGAGCGGCGAGGAGCCCAUCGCGGUGGUGUCGGGCCACACGCGCUGCGUGAACGCCGUGUCCUGGAAUCCGGUGCACCACGACGUGCUGGUCUCCGCCUCCGACGACUUCACGCUGCGCCUCUGGGGGCCCCGCGAGGCACGAGACCCGCGCGACCCCCCGACGCCCCCGACCCCCCGGGAUCCCCCAGCAGGCCGCGAGCUCCCGGCGCGCUCCUAG